AUGCCAUCAUCAACAUCGAGAACAAUUCGAAAAGCCAUUGGCGUAAUGAAGGAUCAAACAAGCAUCAGCAUAGCGAAAGUAACUGGAAAUUUAGCUCCACACAUUGAGGUUCUAGUCGUGAAAGCAACAAGCCAUGAUGAAAUUCCUGCUGAUGAUAAAUACGUAAGAGAAAUUUUCAAUUUCACUUCUUAUUCUAAAAGCUAUGUCAAUGCUUGUUUAAUGUCGAUUAUGAAAAGAUUAUCGAAAACGAGCGAUUGGAUUGUUGCGGUUAAAUCGCUUAUGCUUGUUCAUAGGUUUUUGACUGAUCGACAUCCUACGUUUGAGGAUGAGAUUGUUUGUGCCUCACGUGAUGGAAUGAAGGUUCUUAAAAUGAGUGAUUUUAGAGAUGAGGCGCAUUCGAAUUCUUUGGAUCAUGCUCGUUUUGUUAGGGUUUAUGCAACGUAUCUUGAUGAAAAGGUUGGAUUUUUGGUUUAUAAGAGGAAUUUGAAAGGUGUUGAGUCUGGUGAUGGUGAAUUUGGUUCCGUGAAGAGGAAUGAGGUUGUUACGCCUGCGAGGGAAAUGAAAGCGGAGAGGGUUUUGGAUAGGUUGAAACAUUUGCUUCGGAUUCUUAGUUGUGCGUUGGAUUGUAAACCGAAUGGGGCUGCAGAGAAUAAUAGGUUGUUGUUGGUUGCGAUUCAUCAUAUUGUGAGGGAUAGUUUUAAGGUGUAUGUUGAAAUUUGUGAUGUGUUGGGGGUGUUGAUGGAUAGGUUUAUGGAAAUGGAGUAUGAACAAUGUGGGAAAGCUUUUGAGUUUUAUGUUAGAGCUUCCAAGAAAAUGGAUGAGUUAACAGGUUUUUAUGGUUGGUGUAAGGAUAUGGGAAUUGCAAGAUCCUCUGAGUAUCCUGAGGUGCAGAAAAUUACUGAUAAUCUUUUGGGGACACUUAAUGGUUUAUUGAAGGAAAUGGGUGAUAGAACAAAGAGUCCGGAGAUGAAGGCUAAGGUAAUAGGUUUGGUUAAAGAACAAGAGAUAGGUAUUAAUGAGGUGAAGGCUCUUCCAGCACCCGAGAUAGAGAAUUUGAUACCUCAAUCGCAAUCGCCUCCUUUGGCUCCCGAGCCUAAAGAGGCACCUCGCAUUCUACAGGAAACAGGUGACUUAUUGAGUCUAAGAGAUGAUGAUGGUGUUUCGGCCGAUGAGCAAGGUAAUAAACUUGCAAUGUUAUUGUUCUCUGAAGUUUCGACGGUUAAGACAGAUGGUCUGUGGGAGGAACUUAGUUCAUCUGGAGUGAAUUCAGCGUGGCAGAUACCUGCGGCUAAAAUAGGGAAAGCGGAUUGGGAAUUGGCAUUGGUGGAGACUACUAGUAAUCUGUCGAAACCGAAGGCUGAUUUGGAAGGUGGUUUUGAUUCACUUUUACUGAAUGGAAUGUAUGAUCAAGGUGCUGUGAGACAACAUGUGAGCUCAACUGAUAUGAGUGGUGGAAGUUUUAGCAGUGUGGCAUUGUCAGGAGCUGGUAAGAAUACGACACCGAUUCUCGCUUUGCCUGCUCCAGAUGGAACAAUGCAAGCUGUAGGAACACAGGACCCAUUUGCAGCAUCACUCUCUGUGCCGCCGCCUUCGUAUGUGCAAAUAGCAGAAAUGGAGAGGAGACAACAUCUGCUUGUUCAGGAACAACACCUAUGGCAGCAAUAUGGGAGAGAUGGAAUGCAAGGUCAAGUUGGUUUAACGAGUGUUGGGGGUGGAUCAUCUCUUUAUCAUCAUGCUCCUAGUUCACAACCUAUGAUGAGUUAUGGAAUGCCACAAGUUGGUGGGAUUGGACAACCUGGAGGCUAUUACAAUGCACCUUUUUGA